CUGGUCUAAUAUAUUGUUCAAUUAAGACAAAUCCAACUAGGCCAAGUGAGAUAAUGCAGGAGGCCUUGCUAGAGGCUAGGAAACACAGUAGUGCUCUCCACACACUACUCAGUAGGUGGCGGUACUGAAUUCUUACGUUGUCAGUCCACUAAAAUACUGAAUGGCGAAGCACGGCUAAAAAGUAAACACCACUACUACAGAAUCCAAAACUAUCCAGAUAUAACAGAAUACCUCUGUUCCACUAUCUGUUGAUGAUCACUAAUGUAAGAAACUGCUGAAUGAGGCCUGUUCUCUUUGGGAUUCCGUUGUCCUCUUGGGACCACCAUGGGCCAACAGUUCACCGGACAGGCGGGCAGGCUGCCUGAGAAGGUGCUCAAGCACGCCGGUCUGGUGCGCGAGAGCGGCUACCUCACCUACGAGGAGUUCCUGGGUCGAGUGGCCGAGCUAAAUGAAGUGACCGCCAAGUUGGCUGCAGGACAGCAGAAGCACCUCCUGUUUGAAGUGCAGCCAGGUUCUGAUGCCACAGCCCUGUGGAAGGUGGCUGUGAGGAUUGUGUGCACAAAGAUCAACAAAGAGAAUGGCAUGGUGGAGGCCUCCCGCAUCAUGAACUUGUACCAGUUCAUCCAUCUGUAUAAAGACAUCACCAGCCAGGCGGCGGAGGUCUUCUCCGGGGAGGCGGGCGCAGAGGGCCCCUCAGGUCAGCUCGCCUCCACGGACUCGUGCCAGGCCAGCAUGUGGAUGGGCAGGGUGAAGCAGCUGACCGAUGAAGAGGAGUGCUGCAUCUGUAUGGACAGCAAAGCUGACCUUAUCCUGCCGUGUGCGCACAGCUUCUGUCAGAAGUGCAUAGAUAGAUGGAGCGGUCACAGCAGAAACUGCCCCAUCUGCCGUCUGCAGGUGACCGCUGCCAAUGAAUCAUGGGUGAUGUCCGAUGCUCCUACGGAGGAGGACAUCGCUGGCUACAUCCUAAACCUGGCUGAUGAGGCAGGCCAUCCUCACAGGCCUUAACCUACCACACACACUAACAAACAACUUAAUCUUCCUCUCCCUCCUCUCAAUGGCAACCAUAUGGACAAAUAUAAUUAUCUUAAUUUCUUUUUUUGGAGUUUUUUAAGGUUUAUUUAUUUCAUUAAAUCAAAUAAGCCUUUGGAUGUUUGGAGGCAUUAACCAGUGAUGGUUUUGGCCAUGGGCCAGCUUUUUGGAUUUCUACUUCAAGUAUUCAAUUUUUUAAGAUGUGAAAAAAAUAAGAAAUAUGUAUCACAGAAAAUUGUGAAAGAAUAGAAAUAAGUACAAACUGUCAAAAAUCUACAGCUUUAAGCUUGAUUUAUAAAUGUAUCAUUUGAAAAAAUGACUAACUUAAUUGCACUUGUCUCAUACACUGAUUUUAUGGUCACUGCAUAUUUGCGGCGUGUUUGAUAUUUGACAGGUCUGUGUUGAUUGUUUGAAUUACUGUGACAUGAAAUCAUCUGAGACAUCACAUUUAAAACCUCUGUUUUCUUUUGCUGGAUAUUUUUUUCCACUGCUGCCUUUAGUCCUCUUGUUGGGUGAUUGCUCUGCCACUUUAGACAUCAGGGGUUGCCGUAACAACCCAACAAUAUGUUUUGCUCUCUAUUCAAUUUCUGUGUUUUUUGGGAUGUUGUGUUAGCAAGGAGGUCGGCUAUUCAGCUCAGGCUCUAACAUACAUCCCCAUACAAAUUCAACAUAAUUGGCCUGCUCAUUCACGCUUGCUCUUGGCAGUUUUUUUUUGCUUGCUAGCUCUUCUAUGACUGCAAACCUCUUGUGUCCAAGUCAGAGUAAAACAACACUGUAAUUCAAUGAAAGCUGGGCUUUGUUGUAGCUAUUUUUUUUAAAACAAAAAAUUCUACACAUGCUUGAUGUUUUAUGCAGCAUUAUAAUUAUUUAUUUAUGUAGCAUUAUACUUGAUUAUUUUGAUUAGGAUCUUAAAAAUACCCUGUUGUUGUUGUUGUUAUUAUUGUUAUUAAUAAUUAAAACCUUGAGGGUGGAGUUCAGAGACUCAGAUUCUUUGUCAUCUGAGUUUAGUAUGUCUACAAGAUUGAUGUGUAGAAGUUUACACCUAUCCCAUCAUUUGUCAUUAUUGACCUUAUGUUAAUACUCAGACUUUGGUUGUGGGCACGGCUGCUUGUCCAGAUAAAGUAAAUAGAUAUAAAUGUAUGAGGCUUGUAGCAGGGUAGAUGAGGAUAUUUGGCUGUUUUUGUAUGAAGCAUUUUCAUGUCAUCUCUGUGUAAAUUGCAUAAUUGGCUAAUGCCCAGUAGGUGGUACUGUUUAACACAAAUAAAAUACUAUCCUUUUUACACACA